AUGUCUGAGAAGCCUUUGCCAUUUAUCUACCAGUUUGUUUCUGGUGCUGCUGCUGGUGUUUCCGAGCUGCUUGUUAUGUAUCCGUUGGAUGUUGUUAAGACACGGAUGCAAUUGCAAGUUGGCUCGGGGACAGGUUCCGGUGUCGCCUACAAUGGUGUUAUCGACUGUUUAGGGCAGAUUGUCAAGCGUGAAGGGUUUAGCCGUCUGUAUAAGGGUAUUUCUUCUCCGAUGCUGAUGGAAGCACCAAAGAGAGCCACAAAGUUCGCUUGUAAUGACUCUUACCAGAAGAUGUUCAAGGAUCUGUAUGGUGUGGACAAGCUGACUCAGCAGAUCUCUAUUCUGAGUGGUUCUUUGGCGGGUGUCACGGAAGCCUGUGUCAUUGUGCCAUUUGAAUUGGUGAAGAUUCGUCUACAGGAUGUCAACUCCAAAUUUAACGGACCAAUGGAGGUCGUCUUCAAAACCAUUAGAGAGACUGGUAUUCUCUCGCUGUACAAUGGGCUGGAGUCUACCAUGUGGAGAAACGCCUUCUGGAACGGUGGUUACUUUGGUGUCAUCUUCCAGAUUAGAGCCCUAUUGCCAAAGGCUAAGACCAACACUGAGAAGACCACCAACGAUUUGAUCGCUGGUACCAUCGGUGGGUACUGUAGGUACUCUACUGAACACACCAUUUUGAGUGUUGUAAAAUCUAGAAUCCAAAGUGGUGCUACAACUACAUUGGCCGAUGGUACUGUGGUACCAAAAUACAAUUGGACAUGGCCAUCUUUGUUCAAGAUCUACUCCGAGGAAGGUUUCACCGCCCUUUACAAGGGAUUCAUUCCAAAGAUCCUGAGACUGGGUCCAGGUGGUGGUAUCAUGUUGGUGGUCUUUAACGGUAUGAUGGCAUUCUUCCAAGAGAUGAAAUACGGUAAGUGA